CGUAAGUUCAGAAAGUUUGAUACUCAAAUUUGGAAUAUUUUUUUUGCUUAUGAAAUUAAUACAAUCAUAUACUAAUUGAAAAUGGCGCAAAAAGUUGUUAAGGACGAAAUAAUUGUUAGUGAUAAUUUUGUUUGCAAUAUAGAGCAAAACUCGAUUGAAGAAGUACUGAAACUAAUGCCAAAUAAAAAAAUAAAAAGUGAAGAUUCAAUUAAACAAGAAAUAAAUGAUGAAUCAAAUACAGCUGAACUACAAAAAAUAGUUAAGGAUAUUAUCAAAACUCCAAACAUGAGAGACAUGCAAAAAAAUUUGAAAGUUAACCAUAAAAGACAAAUUAAAUUUAAAGUUACAGAACUGCUAAGAAAUGGAAAACAUGUCAAACCAAAUGCUAUGGGGUUGAUGAUAUGUCUAUAUUGUGGAAAUGUAUAUACUAAACAACUAGAAUUUUUAUAUCAUUUUCCUACAAACCAUUGUAUAAAACGAAAUGAAUUAUAUAGCAUUAAAUUUUAUGACAAAAACAGGAGUUAUAUCAAAAGGGGAAUUACGAGUAUUCCAAAAAAUCUUGAUGAAUGUGAAGUCUCCAGAAGGGAAUUGACAGAAGAGUUUAAAGAUAGUUGGAAUACUUAUGGAAAUGAGGAUUUCAGGCUCUUGGUAAAGGAGAGUGAUUUAAAUAGUUCUGUAAAAAGUGAAAAGUUGUUCAAAUGUUGGAUAUGUCCGAAAACUUUUUCACAUAAAAGCAGUUUAAAUAGACAUUUGCGUAGUCACUCCGGAAAAAAGCCGUUCAAAUGUGACAUUUGUUUGAAAAUAUUUUCACAAAAAUGCCAUUUAAAUUCUCAUAUGUUUGGUCACACAGGGGAAAAGCCUUUUAAAUGUAAUAUUUGCUUUAAACAGUUUUCACAAAAAAAUAAUUUGAAUUCACACAUGCUUAGUCACACAGGUGAAAAGCCUUUCAAAUGUGAUGUUUGUUUGAAAGCUUUUUCACAUAAAAGCAAUUUAAAUUCACAUAUGUUCAAUCACACUGCGAAAAAGCCUUUUGAAUGCCACAUUUGUUUGAAUUCGUUUUCACAAAAAAUAAGUUUGAAAUCACACAUGCUCAGUCACACAGGGGAAAAGCCGUUCAAAUGUGACAUUUGUUUGAAAACGUUUUUUCACAAAAGUCAUUUGAACACACAUGUUCUUAGUCACACAGGAGAAAAACCUUUUAAAUGUGACACAUGUUCGAGGCAGUUUUCUCAGAAAAGUAAUUUAAAUUCACACACACGUUGUCAUACGGGUGAAAAACCAUUCAAAUGUGACGUUUGUUCAAAGUCAUUUUCACAAAAAGGUCAUUUAAAUUCACAUUUGGUAAGUCACACAAGGCAAAAGCCUUUCAAAUGUAAAAUCGAUACUACUGACAAUGUCGACACAGGAAUAAAUGAGGAUUCGAAGAAAGCAAAUGGAUCAACACUCAAAUGUAACAUUUGUUUGAAAACAUUUUCACAUAAAAGUAAUUUAAACAGACAUUUUUUGAGUCAUACAGGAAAGAAGCCAUUCAAAUGCGACAUUUGUUUGCAAAGUUUUUCAAGGAAAACUGUUUUAAAUACGCAUGCGCUUCUCCAUACAGGAGAAAAGCCUUUCAAGUGCGACCUUUGUUUGAAAGCUUUCACACAGAAAAGCAAUUUAAAUUCACACAUGAUUAAUCACACAGGAGAGAAGCCUCACAAAUGCGAUAUUUGUUUGAAAAAGUUCACGCAAAAAAGUCAUUUAAACACACAUAUGACGAGUCAUACAAGAGAAAAGCCUUUCAAUACAAAUUUUCACAAAAAACAAGUUGUAAAACUCAGUAUUCUCAGGAAAUAUGCAAAAAGGGUAAUCGAAAUAGCUGAACAUGACUUGAAAGUGGAGUUGAAACAUAUCGAAAUUGAUAAUAGUAUAUCAGAGCACAAGGUCCAAAUUCUUAGCUCAAAUAAACAUUUACAAAGUCAUACAGGAGAAAAGCUAAUCAGAUGUAAGAACAGGCUUUCUGUAAAAUUACCUAACGGUUUAGUGGAUAUGGAACAGAAAGUUUUUAAGGCAGAAAUCGAUAUACAGGAAAAUUUUCUUUCGGUAGUUAAACAAGAGCCGAUUGACAAAGUUUCUACGAUUAAAAUUCAAAAUGAAAAAAAUAGUAUACAUCCAAUGAAACAAGAAAAAAAUGAUUCAAAUACAUUCGGAGUAGUUGAAAAGUUAAUAUAUGCUGCUAAAUCAAGAAGGAAUCUUAGAAACAAACUAAAAUAUUUAAAAUUUAUUCAUGGUUGGUUAUUCAAAUUAAAAAUUACAGGACAGCUUAGAAAUGACAAAUAUAUUAAACCAAUUGCAGGAGUCGUAAUAUGUGGAUCUUGUGGAAAUUUAUAUAUAAAUAGAGUCGAAUUUUUAUGCCACUUUUAUACAACUCAUUGUAUAAAAUGGAAUAAAUUAUAUAAGAUUAAAUCUCACAAUAAAAAACGAAAUAAAAUCGAAAGAAAAAUCUUCCAUACAGACUUUUGUAGAAAUCUUAAAGAUGAAAUUGAAGUUAUUGAUGAUGAAUUGAAAUUAGAGUUCCAGGAAACUAAAUGUCAAUCCAACUUUAAUGAUAAUUCGAAUUUUCCAAAUAAAAAUGAUUCUAAUGAACAUUCGAAUACUCGCAGAAGAGAAAAACCAUUCAAAUGUGACAUUUGUUCAAAAUCUUUCACUAAGAAAAAAAAUUUAAACACACAUUUGCAUAGCCACGAAAAGUUAUUCAAAUGUGACAUUUGUUCAAAAUAUUUCUCACAGACAAAAUCUCUGAACAUACAUUUACGUAUUUAUCAUAAUAAAAAUCCAUUUAAAUGUCACAUUUGUUUGAAAUAUUUCUCACAGAAAAGUGUAUUGGAAAACCAUUCGCAUAUUUACCACAAUAAAAAUCAAUUCAAAUGUCACAUUUGUUCAAAAUAUUUUUCACAAAAAACUAAUUUGAAUAGACAUUUGCGUAUUCACAGAGGAGAAAAGCAAUUUAAAUGUGACGUUUGUCCAAAAACUUUUUCUCAAGAGAGCAAUUUGGAAAUGCAUUUGUGUAGUAAAGCAGAAGAGCCUUUCAAAUGUGAUGUAUGCUUGGAUACUUUUUCAAAAGGUAUUCAAUUGAUUACACAUUUGCGUAGUCACACAGAAGUGAAGCUAUUCAAAUGUAACAUUUGUUCGAAAACUUUUCCACAGAAAAAUAAAUUAAAUCAACAUUCUCAUAUUCACACGGGAGAAAAGCCAUUCAAGUGUGAUGUUUGCUCAAAAACUUUCUCAAAUAAAAAUAAAUUGAAUGAACAUUUUCGUAUUCAUACUGGGGAGCGGCCAUUCAAAUGUGAAAUAUGCUUCAAAACUUUUUCGAAAGGAAUCCAAUUGAUUAGACAUUUGCAUAAUCACACAGGUGUGAAGCUUUUCAGAUGUGAUAUUUGCUUGAAAUCCUUUUCACAAAAACAUAAUUUGAAGGUACAUUUGCGUAGUCACACAGAGGAAAAACCUUUCAAAUGUGAUAUAUGUCUGAAAACUUUCUUAUAUAAAAGUCAGUUGAACACACAUUAUCGUUUUCACACUGGAGAAAAACCAUACAAAUGCGACAUUUGUUGGAAAACUUUUCCAAUUAAAGGUCAUUUGAAAGUUCAUAUGUACAUUCACACAGGAAAAAAUCCAUUCAAAUGUGACAUUUGUUCAAAAGAUUUUCCAAGGAAAAUCAGUUUAACCAGACAUAUGCGUACCCACACUGGAGAAAAACCAUUUAAAUGUGAUGUUUGUUCAAAAACUUUCUCGCAGAACAUUCAUUUGAAAACACAUUCUCGUAUUCACACUGGGGAAAAGCCAUUCCAAUGUGACAUUUGCUCAAAAACUUUUGCACGGAAAGGUAAAUUAAGUGCUCAUUAUCAUAAUCACACUGGUAAAGAGACAUUUCAAUGUGAUGUUUGUUUAAAAACUUUCUUACAAAAAAAAAGUUUGAAUAAACAUUUUAACAGUCACAACAUUAAACUGACAUAA